CAGCCCAGCGUCGUUCGUGGGGGCUUCCUCUGUGAAGCUAACGUUAGCUAGUUAGCUGUCAAGCGGUCUAGUGGAGAGGCUGGGACAGACGCUUCAGCUUCCCCCUGGCUUGGCCCUACAAAGCUCCGACCCCCAAAUUCACAAGGAAAUCUGCUAGACUAUACUUUAGAUCGCCAGCUGAGAUGAUGUAAUGCACCACGGGCUUACGCAAAGAGGGACCUCCGCACUUAAAACAAUUUGUAUGCACUGAGUCUUGAGUGACGAUUGCUCAUUGCUAGCUAACUGGCUAGCUAGCCUAGCUAAACCGCUGCAAUCCCCUAGUCGGUGUACCUCUCUGGUGUGUACUGCAAACAGCCAGUUAUUGUCACUGUCGUAGCUUCCGUUGCUGUCAACUGGUAUUUUGGAUAUUUGGUCUUAAGAACGACACAAUGGGUGCAUUUCUGGAUAAACCAAAGAUGGAAAAAUACAAUUCCCGUGGUGAGGGUAACAACCUGAGGUAUGGCCUGAGCAGCAUGCAAGGCUGGCGGGUAGAGAUGGAAGAUGCACACACAGCAGUAAUUGGUCUGCCUCAUGGUCUCGAUCCCUGGUCAUUCUUUGCUGUUUAUGAUGGGCAUGCUGGCUCUCAGGUGGCCAAGUACUGCUGUGAGCACCUGCUGGAGCACAUCACUAGCAACUCAGACUUCCAGAGUGCUCUGCAGGAGGACCCCUCUGUGGACAGCGUGAAGAAUGGGAUCCGCACAGGAUUCCUGCAGAUUGAUGAACACAUGCGAACCAUCUCCGAGAAGAAGCAUGGCGUGGACCGCAGUGGCUCCACUGCAGUGGGGGUGAUGAUUUCUCCGAGUCAUAUCUACUUUAUCAACUGUGGUGACUCACGGGGACUCCUCAGCCGAGGCGGAGCUGUGCACUUCUUCACACAGGAUCACAAACCCAGCAACCCUCUGGAGAAGGAAAGGAUCCAGAAUGCCGGUGGCUCAGUCAUGAUCCAGCGAGUUAAUGGGUCCCUAGCUGUGUCUCGGGCUUUGGGAGACUUCGACUACAAGUGUGUGCAUGGAAAAGGCCCAACAGAGCAACUUGUGUCUCCUGAGCCCGAAGUUUAUGCAAUAGAAAGAUGCGAGGGGGAAGAUGAAUUCAUUAUACUAGCUUGUGAUGGCAUCUGGGAUGUCAUGGCCAAUGAGGAACUGUGUGACUUUGUCAGGUCAAGGCUAGAGGUGACGGAUGAUCUUGAAAGAGUCAGCAAUGAAAUUGUUGACACCUGCUUGUACAAGGGAAGCCGGGACAAUAUGAGUGUUGUGUUAAUCUGCUUUCCUGGGGCCCCAAAGGUAUCUCCAGAAGCGGUGAAACGGGAGACUGAGCUGGAUAAAUAUCUGGAGGCCAGAGUAGAAGAGAUCAUCAAAAAGCAGGGGGAUGAAGGUGUUCCGGAUUUGGUCCAUGUUAUGCGGACGUUAGCAUCUGAGAGCAUCCCUAACCUCCCUCCUGGAGGAGAGCUGGCAAGCAAACGAAGUGUUAUAGAAGCGGUGUACAACAAACUCAACCCCUACCGAAGCGAUGACACAGACUCUGCGUCCACAGACGACAUGUGGUAACACAACCUCCUACCACUAACACAGCAUAGAGUUUACAAAACCACCAUCCUCUCAAGACCCCCAGCAGCUCAGCUCAGCAGUCUGUCUCUCCGUCACUCUGAGCUUUUGGUUUCUAAGAAGGGAAUUUCAUGGGAGGAGGAGGAGGAAGAGGAAGAGGAGUUGCAUGCACACAAACCUGGAAUAGUGCAGCACCAGUCCACUCUGGAGUUCAGGAUCCCCACCGUCUUGUCUCCCCUUUAUGUUCACCACCUUAUUACUCUCCUCUAAAGUAAUCCAUAACAAGUGAGUCCACAAGGUUUUCUUUCUUUUUGUUGAAUAAUCAGCUUAAGUAGUAAGUAAUUUUGUUGCUGUAAUUAAUUUGAUUCACAUUUCCUUGUGUGUGUUUGUAUAUUUCUGUUUUUGUGAAGUGCAAUUGUCCUGUACAAACAGCCUGUAUUUAAUGCAGCUUGAUUUUAAGUUAAAAAAUGAAAGAAAUGAAAAAGAGAACCUUUUAUGCACUAUCUGCCUUUUCCUGCUCUUCUGGAAUUGUAACAAAUGUCUAUUCAGUGAAUAUUUCUGCUUGUCCUCCAGGCACAAUAUCUCUGCGCUUUUACUUUUUACUUUUAUUUCUUUUCUUUUCUCAGUUAGUCUAUGCUCCUUUUUAAGAAACGGGUAAAUUGUAUAGUUGACAGCACAGUAAGCUCUCUAUAUCAAACCAUUUAAAUCCUAAUUAUUUUUUUCCAUGUGCUUUUUUAUUGUAUUUUAUUUUUGUAAGUGGUUUUCUGUACGUGCUCAAAUAAUAAUGGCAAAGUGUUUCACAGUCAUUUUGGAGUUGUGAGGUGAAAAAUAAUCCUUUAAAAAUAUUUCUUUGAGGCAACUGAUGAAAAAACACCCCUUUUAACAUGUUUGUCUGUGCAAAUAGAUACUUGCAAGCGUGCGUGGGUGCUUGUGUGUAUGUAUGUGCGCACGUGUGUUAGUGUAAAGGCAGAUCUAUAUGUGCAGCUCUAAUUUAGAUUAGAGACCAGGUUCUCCUGAUGCUUACCCAUUGUCUGUCCCCCCCCCUUUCAGCCAGUGUUCCAUAUCAACCCAACAUAGACUUUAACUACUACUUAUUCCUAAAAGCUAUGGAUAACAAAGUUGACAUGCUGUUAUGCUGUUUGAACAACUUCAAGCUAUGUAUCGGAUGUAUACUGUAACCUGAGAGGAUGCGAGUAGUUCAAUUUGCCCAUGGUGUACAAUAGUUUGCAGCUAGUCAGGUCUUGACUAGUUUACACAUCUAUUGUGUUAUAUUUAAAUAUCAAUUUCUAAACAUUCAUUGUUACCAGUGCCCGCUGUGGGUGCCAUAUGAUUUAUGAUCACUUGUUUCAGCUUUAUGACAGCCUAUGCCAAGUUUUUUUUUCUAUGUGGUACAGAUAUGUUUUUAGCUUCUGCCUUGAACAUCUGAAAAUUAGACUUAUGAACAGUUUAAUCACUGACUAUUUUAGAGAAAAUCACCCAUUACCAGUCUGAUAACAGGAGAAAUGGUGAACUCUAUAACUUUUUACCCCACAUGGUCGGUCUUUAUUUGGACAUUCAAACCAAGAACAAAUCUGCUAACUGCAAUGAGUUCUCGUGGUUGUAUAGCACCUUUGUUUGUUUUUUUUUUUGUUGUUUUAAUAUUCCCAUUGGCUUUGCUUAUCUGAAAACUCUCCACCAUGGCACCACAAGCCAGAGCACAACACAGUAUAGAUCUGUGUGUUGAUUUCUUUUAGAUAAUUUCCCCCUCUGAAGAGAUGAAUAGUCACUGGCUAAAUCUGUAUUUAACAGACACAUACAGUAGAUAUAUUUCUUAAAGAGAAAUGGUUUUAUUUCAGAUUUAUAUUCUGGCAUUUGUUUUGUCUAAAAUUGCAUUGUUGGAAAUUUAUGCAUGUCUAUAUUUUUGACUUAAACUUUCAAGGAAUAAAUCAUGUCGCUUCAUUUAGUUUUUGCCAUGGACAAAAUGUGAUUCUGCUUUGUCUUGGGAUGGUUAGUUGAAUUUUGAAACAAAGGUUACCCUCUCACUGUGGUGUCCCUCUAUCAACACUGAGGGUUUCAACGGUCUUGUUUAUAUAAUACACAAUAAUAAUGUACUAAAUAUGUAAUACAAUUAUCAAAAUGACAAUCCUAACUAUUCCACCACAUCUAAGUUUGCGGUGGGUAGCAAAUUAAGUCUUUAACUAAACAGACUUUAACUUUGACUCUAAUCCUAAACUAGCUGCUUUCUAAUGAGCUUUUGUGGCAAAGGCCAAAGACCACUCAAAUUAUGUAAUUGCAAAGUCUUCAACAUGAUAUAAAGGAGAACCUAGCUGUAACCCUGUAAAAGAUGUUAAAAAUGUUAAGCUAUUAGACAGUGAUGUCAACUUUAUUUUAUGUUAGUUUGCAUUUAAAGGUAUUCUGUGGAGUUUUUCACCACUGGUGGUGCUGUAGAAAAAUGACAAGGGUGAAUAAACAGACCAGACAAAGCACGGGGUGACGUGAAACGCACUUCUGACUGCAGGGGGCAGUAAUGUGUAUAUCAACAUUUGGUGUCAUUGUAAUGGGGCAUAAAACUGUUAAUGAACCAAUAAAAUUUUGAGCUGAUUUUAAAAGUGCAGCUUUAAGUGAGGCAGGUAAUACCUUUGGACAUGUUUGUUAGGCCUUAAAGACACACACAAUGCGUUUUGGUAAGAAAUGUUUGAAUGUAAACCUACGUGUGUGUUUACAGUGGAAACUCUACAGGGUACCUUUUUAAACAGUAUUGUAUUUCUACCACAAAACUUAUCUAUAACGUGUAUACCUACUAACAAAAACUCAAGUCAGUGUAUUCAAUGUGUUUGAGAGAGAACUAAUUGGUAUGUAUGAAAUUGCCUUUUAUUUUUUUUUUCUGAAAAUAUUUAAUCUGUAAGCUAUUUAGUUUUGCGCUGCAUUGCUUUUAUUCGUUAAGUGAGUGCAUUAAAUGUCUAGCUUAUCAGUUUUCAGAACCCGGCUGUGUGUCGCAAACCUGGUAGGCAUUGAUGACUCUUAAAGCAACAUUUCAUGCAAUUUUUCUUCAAGCUUAAUAAGGAUCUCGAGGUCAUCACGUCCCUGGACUGUCCUGCAUUGCCCCAGAAAUGUAACAUUUUUGGAUGUGGCCCUGGUAAAACGACACUGGUUGAUUACCCAUUUCUAUAACAGACUUAUUCCACAGAAUGAAAAAUAGAGAAAUUCGUUUUUUAAUAUUGAAAAAGCUGUAGCCGGAACGUUAGCAGAUAUUGACAAUGGCUUGGCUGUGAUUUGUCCCACCUGUAUGUUUUAUUUAAAUGUCAAAUCCCCCCCCCCAAACAAAAAUGAAAUGAACAAAAAAGCAUCUAUUCCCCUUUCUGUCUAUUUUUUGUCCAUGAACUAAAAUACCUCAUAACAUUUAUAGGAAGUGUUUUUGUUUUGUGUUAUGUAGUUUCUUCCCCCCAACUUAGAAUUUUAACACUGAUCUAUUUGAGUUAAACCUGUGCUCAUGUACAGUAUUUGACUGAAUUGUGCUGAUGUGAACUAAACAAGUAAUGAUUAAAGUGGCUACUGCAAAUGACAACUUAUUUUACUAAGUAGGAACACUAUUGGCCUUGUCAUAUAAGCUGCCCCCGCCCCCCAAACAAACAAUGCCCUCAAAUGCUCCCCUGUGUCAUAUCACCAACUUAGCUCUAAUCUAGAAUUGUAACAAGAGUUCAGGGUUUUUGAAAUGUGAGAGAUGUGAGGAAAGUAGGUGUGACUACAUGACAAUAGUCAUAUGCACUGAUCAUCUGUAUAAUCAGCUUUUUUCUUUACCCUUUUUCCAGAAAAUUGUUAUUGUAAAAGAUAAGAAUAUAAAGCUAUUUACAGAGUUACCUUUGGUUGCCUGGAAUGCAUCCUGUAUAUUCUUGUACAGAGGACUACCUGGCAGACGUUGAAAGAGAUUUUAAAUGCUUGCACCCUCUUGUACAUAUUGAUGUACCUCGGUUGUGGCGUUUACUGUGUGACCCUUAGCAGUGGUGGUUUGUUUGUCCCCCCACAGGGCGCCUGAGCCUCACUUUGCUGACAUUUUUCAGCUGAUAAAUAAGCUCACCGAUUUGCCUUACCCAAUCUCAUGUUGCCCCCUAAAGUACUUGUUUGAUAAAACACUAUGAGGAGGAGUGAUGAUGCUGACAUUACACUCUUAUAGAUUAACAACUGUCCCCAUGUUAGGGUACUUAUCAACAAAGUGACUUUGUCCUGGUUAUUACAAGGUACAACUUUUCAACCGUCGCUGGUUUGUAUUCUAAUUUGUUUUCCAUGUUAUCUUAUUGAAUCUCGGUCUUGAAAGUGUAUUUAAUUUUUCACUGCAGAUGAUGUCAUACUUUUAACAAAUGCAAGUGUUUUGACAUGGUAACCUCAUGGUAAAUGUGCAUACAUACAUUCAUGUCUGCUAUAUUUAUGGUUACAUUCAAGAAUAGCUUUAGAGUGCUGUAGAUAAGUAUUGUCAAUGUUGAUUCAAAUGCUUCUCAGAGGCCUCUGUGAGUGAUUUUACAAAGUUCAAUACCUGUAUAUUUUGUAUUAUGUUUUAGCUCCAAAGGAAUGGCAGAAAAAAAAGAAAAUGUUUAAAAAAGCUUUGUUCCCUGAACUAAAUUGUACUAUUUGUGUUGUCGAUUGAACAAAUUGCAUUCCUUGCUUGUGAAUUGAUGCAUUUCUCUCCCUGCUCCUUAAAUCCCCCCUUCUUUCCCUCCUUUCUUUCAUUUUUUAGCCUUUGAAGUUUGAAUAAAAUUUCUAGUUUGCAGAAUGUAUUACUAAAUAAAUGGGUUGUCAUCUUGUA